GUUUCAACCAAUAGGACAUUUCUCUCGUCACAGUUGCACAGCCGCCAAGAGGACUCCUUGUGGCACAUCAUCAGGCCAGACUCGACUACUACGAGCCAAGACCAUGUUGGAUGCCGGCAUAGGCCGAUCCGCUCUCAAGCGCCAGCAGACCAAUAUUCCUCUCUUCAUUACCAGAUAUGCCGCUCUGUCAAAAUCGCAUGUCUCAACAAAAUCAUCGUUCAAAGACACUCGGAAUGUCGACGGCACAGCCUCUUUGACUAGAUAGAUGAGACGGAUCCGGACCCGGAUCAUGCGAUGAGUCCGUGGCCAUGAAGUUCGUGAUGAAUGGUUUUGGCCAACUGCGCGUGGCAACAAGGCAGGCUUGUCCCGUACAUUCUCUCUCGUUCGCCUUCGCGUCUCUCCUUCAUUUCGUACAGCCCCGGUGGUUGCUCAAUUCAUAAUUACAUAAUGGCUUUUACUUCGAUAUGUCUGUCUUUACUCAUGCUUAACUGCAAGCUUGGCUUGGUUGCAGCGCAAGACCAGCAAGUUCAGUUCAACCAAGUCAUCAACCUUAACGGUGACAUGCAACUUAAUCGCCUCACAUUCCCGGAUAACUCGAAGAUUGAGACAUUCUCUCAAGCUCAGAAGCAAAUCAUCGUCAACCAGAAUCCUAAUCCGUUGUCAGCCAACCAUGUCGUUGGAUCCACUGGCCAACCGUUCGUACAACUGUCACAGAACUCCAUGACCAUCCAAACCAACAAGGCCACGGAUUUGGUUGGGGGCCAAAUUGAGAUGUCGAUCGAUCCCAACGUGAUACAGCAGAUGGGUGUCAGCUCUGACAACACAUUCGUAGCACAGCUCUCAACAGAUAGACAAGCAUGGGUCAUCAUGGAAGGAAUUAAGAGCGUCAAUACCACUGAUAACACGGUUCGCAUGAUCAAGAUGACCAGUCUGGAUGGUGAAUACAUGGCAGUCGGUCGACAAUCAAUCGAAACCGGCAACGUCUUGACAACGUUCAACCAAAACCAACAGGUUCAAAUUUCAGGCUCAGGUAUUCAGGAGGUCGAGUUUACCGACGGCUUCCGCAUGUCCAUCAAGGCUAGCCAGCCCAUGACUCUCAAGACGGAUGUCGUAAAUGGAAUUAGUUCAUCCAUGACUGGCAGCAUGAUGACUGUUAACAACUACAGAUACAAGGUCACAUCGAACCUCGCAGGUGUCGCAACGGAUCUCAACAGCAUGGUGGCUGUGGUUCAAUUGCCGAUCAACGCUCAGCGCAUUAUGGCCAUGGCUCAGCAGAUGGGCGCACAGCCAAACAGUGCGAUCAGUCUGGGCAUUGCGCAACGUGUAGUCCUUCAGAACCCCGGAGGUUCAAGCGUACAAAAUCUGGGCCGCAGACAAGAUACUUCCUCUUCGUCAACAUCCAAAAAGUCAUCGACAACUGCUGGUGCUGAUGCUGCCGCAUCAGGGCCAUCCACAGCUGCUGGUUCUGCCACAUCCGAUUCGACUUCCGCGGUAACAGAUUCCGCUGCCACCGCUGCCAGCUCUACCACCGCGACAGAUGCUGGCGCUGCAACAUCCGCUCCGCCGGCGGAUGCAGCCGCUGCACCCACCACCGCCCCUGCUCAAGCUGCCACGACUCAACAAAAUUCUCAACUUCCUCCCACCCAAACUCAGGCAACACUGCCAGCUGCCGCUCAAUUGUUACUGUCUCCCACCUUCUCUCCUGUCUCAGCUCAAGCUCUUCUAGAUAGUCAGAACAACCGCAUUGCUGUUCCGGUGAGCCAGAUCGACGGCGAGUUCAUUCUGACGAUGGGCAUGACGGGGGCUGGUACUAUUCAAGUCGCUCCAGCAGCUUCAGGCAAACCCGGCGAGACACAGGGAGGAGAACCUGCAACAUCCAAUACUUCCAAUCAGCCUAACCAGCUGCAGCAGGGCAAGCCUCCUGCUAGUCCGGGCAUUGCUCAACGACAAGCGGCACCCGCUGCUCAAGGUACGAUCACUAUGACCAUGGCCGAACUUGAGAAAAUGGCCCUUCGCCAGGCUACGGGAGGCGUCAUGCCAGUGUGGAGUAUGAUGAAUGAGUUUGUCGCUCAGUCCGUUGCGCAGCCGCCAAGCGGUGCUGCGAAGAAAAGAGGGCCUGCCAAUGGUUACAAGGCUGUUCCUCUGAGAGCGUAAGAAUACCAUAAUGCGUGUGUCAUUGAUGGAUAGCGGGCACGUCAGGAGACGAAUUCAACUUCUGUAGUAAACAUUUGGUUGUCCUUGAACGUGAAUCUUAGAAUGAAAGUUUAGCAAAAUAUAGGUCGAGGCUGCGAAGCUGCCCGUUCGGUUGCCCGCCGCAGUUGAUAUCAUUCGAUCAUGUUCUUCGUGCAGCUUCCAAGCUGAAGUUUUCUUCUUCUUCGAAAACGACAUGCGUGAACGCGCUUCGUCGCGACUUACCAAGUGUUGGAUGUCGGUCGCGAUUGUACCUUAACCUUGAAGUAACGACAGCGAGGCCAGAUACAGUGGAGAUCUACCGCUGACUUAACCCUGCUUGCCCCAGCGGCGCAAAGCUGAAAC